UUCAAUACUACUUAUGAACUAUAAUACAGUAAAGCACCGUUAUAACGAUUCUCGAUUAAGCGAUAACUUCAUUAUUGCGAUAUUUUUCCUGGUCCCGACAACACCACCAUACAAUUACCGAUUAUCACGAUAUCGCAGCUCCCUUCCUGAAUAUCGCUUUAUCCGUGCUAUGGUGUUCCUAUUCAGACCUUGAAAUGACGAAACGAUUUUCAAUAACUAUUGAGCAACGCCGGGCUCUACGCAAGUGGGCACAUCAACAACACCCGAAGCCUUCUCAAAAGCAAUGUAUCGAAUGGUUCUCUCAGAACUACGGCCAUAAACUCAGUCAGUCGACAGUUUCCGAGUCUUUAAGCUCACAUUUCGAAGAUCUAGACAAAGCUAUACAACCUAGGGGAUCACGACUACGAGUUGGGCAGUGGCCAGAAGUAGAGCGACUCCUUAUUAUAUGGCAGCAACGAAUUCAAUCGCGUGGAGGCUUUACAAGCGGUGAUAUACUACAAGAAAAGGCUCGAGAGAUUUGGCAACAACUACCGAACGACGAUAAUCUACAAUGCCCAGACUUCUCAACUGGCUGGCUCCAUCAAUUUAAAGCACGAUAUCAUAUCAAGGUCCAUACAAAACACGGCGAAGGAGGCUCUUGUCCAGAAACAGCAGAGGAGGAAAUGAAGGCUCUACGAACUAUCGCUGGUGAAUUUCAAGAGGAGGACGUUUAUAAUAUGGACGAGACAGGCCUAUACUGGAAGAUGAUGCCGUCUCGAGGGCUUGCAACACAAACGCUUCCAGGAUUAAAGAAGGAGAAAACUCGAAUGAGCCUCGUCUUUUGUGUUAAUGCUUCUGGAACUGAUCGCCUACCUGUGUGGAUGAUUGGACAAUAUAAACAGCCACGCGCACUUCGAAAUAUCGAUAUACCAUCAAUGGGAGGGCAAUGGCGUGCGAGCCAGAAGGCUUGGAUGAAUACAACAAUUAUGAGCGAAUGGCUUCACGUGUAACGCUGACUUCUAAACGAUAGAAGACACAGAGGUUCUCUUGCGUAAAGGUUUACUUAUCAGAGGAGGCAGGGGAUCAGACACAAAGGCUUCAAGUAAC